AUGUAUCGUCCUAUUCUACUACUUGCUGCUGCGGCUUCUUUAGCUACAAGCACAAUAAUUCAACACCCUUUGAAAGAACAAAGCUCUCAUUCUCUUAUCAAUACCGAGCCUAAAUCUUUGGUCGAUUCUUCUUCUCUUCAAAACGAUAUAAAAACAGAUAAUCUUCUCACACGAGCUCAUCAGCUAUACAAGAUCGCUGAGGAAGGUGUUCAUGAAUAUAACCAUCCCACAAGAGUUAUUGGAUCUCAAGGUAUAUCCUCAUUACUCCUCAUCUUCUCAGAUCGUUUUGUUGACUCACUCUCUGUAAUAGGCCACACAUCAACGAUUGACUACAUCUACUCCUCUAUCGCGUCCCUCGGUGACUACUAUGAUAUUUCCAACCAAACAUUUCCCGCAGUGAUGGGAAAUGUUUUCGAUUAUCGACUCGUACUUGGCGAUACCGUCCCCAAAACCGCUAUACCCAUGAGUCUCACACCUCCAACAUACAAGAAGGAUGCAGUUUUUGGUCAGCUAGUGUUAGUUGAAAACGAUGGAUGUGAUGAAUCCGAUUAUUCCACAGAAGUUAAAGGCUCCAUAGCCUUCAUCCGCCGGGGAACUUGUGCAUUUGGAGAUAAAUCUGCGAAUGCCGGUAAAGCAGGUGCUAUUGCUGCAGUUAUUUACAAUAAUGCUCAUGGAGCUCUCGGAGGUACGUUGGGAGCACCAAAUAAACUUCAUGUUGCCACUUUCGGAAUAUCAGACGAUGAAGCAGCUCCAUACAUCGAGAAAUUACGGAAAGGGAAAUCAGUUGAUGGGUCUGCAUACAUUGAUGCAGUGGUUCAGGCUAUUGGUACCACGAACAUCAUUGCUCAGACGAAAGGGGGCGAUCCAAAUAAUUGUGUAAUGUUGGGAGGACAUUCGGACAGCGUUGUGGAAGGACCAGGAAUUAACGAUGACGGAUCUGGCAGCCUGUCUCUGCUGGAGGUUGCCACUCAACUGGUCAACUACAAUGUCAACAAUUGUGUUAGGUUCGCGUGGUGGGCAGGUGAAGAGGAGGGACUUCUUGGCUCAGAUUACUACGUUUCUCAACUUUCCGAGGAAGAGAAUUUGAAGAUUCGACUUUUCAUGGAUUAUGACAUGAUGGCUUCUCCAAACUACGCCUAUCAAGUGUACAACGCCACUGAUGCUUCCAAUCCAUCAGGAUCCGAGGCAUUAAGAAAUCUUUAUACGGAGUGGUACGAAGCUCACGAUCUCAACUAUACAUAUAUACCAUUCGACGGUCGUAGCGACUACGAUGCCUUCAUCAAGCAUGGCAUUCCGGGUGGUGGAAUUGCAACUGGCGCUGAAGGUAUCAAGUCUGCUGAGGAAGCUCAAAUGUUUGGUGGGAAAGCCGGUGAUUGGUUUGAUCCUUGUUAUCAUCAACUUUGUGAUGAUAUUGAAAAUCUUGCUCUUGAUGCUUGGUUGAUAAACACCAGGCUCAUCGCUCAUUCGGUUGCUACUUAUGCCAUUUCUUUUGAAGGAUAUCCAAAGAGAACGUUGGAAAGCAUUAGUACUGCUACAACAAGUGUGAAGGAAGAGGCGAAAUAUCAUGGUCCGAAGUUGGUCAUUUAG